AUGCAUGGCGUCAUCAAUAUCCGAUUCUGGGUGAAGGGGACGCGGGCGCAAGCGGAGACCAAGUUUGUCAGUUUGAGAGCGCGGAAGACAGGAUUUUUUGAGACUUUGGAGUGGAGUCUUAAGCUGGAGGAUGGGACGGUCGUGCAGUUGCUUGAGGACGGAAGGAGUGGAAACCAGCCGAUGGUUAACAAGGGAGAGCAGUGA